AAACAAGCUGCUGUCGGCCUGGGAACUACAGCUCCCAUCAUCCCCUGCGCUGCGGGCUUGUUUUGGUCCAGCUGGAUUAUUUUUUAUUUCUGCAGGAUUUCUGGCCUAAUGUUCGGCUGUUUGCGGUCUGCAGAGGCUGGAGGAGUAAAAUAAGAGAAGAGGAGCAGGUGCUGAUGAUGAAGCAUGAAGCAUCGCUCCUCCUCCUCCUCCUUCUCCUCCUCCUCCUCCUCCUCCUCCUCUUCAUCCUCCUCCUGGCACCGUAAAUGUUAUUUAUGAAUGCCCGCCGCUCACGGGCGUGUGCGCGCAGGAUUUCCAUUAUUAUGCUGGAUAAUUAGGAGACAUCGCGCUGAGAUCAGAACCGAGCUGCGGGUCGGUACCGGAGCCGAGCGACAUCGUUCGUGCUUUGAUUCAUUUCGGUGGGUUCGGUGCCGCUGCUCCUCGGUAAUACUGGGUCAAUACACCGAGCACCGGAACCGCCUCACUUCGACACCAGACCAGGUGUGUUCCCAGGGCAACAGGUGAAUGAUGAUGCCCUUGUGAUAGUGGGUGGGGCUGCAUGGGCCUGAGGGGGUAAGGAGGCGGAGUCUCUGCCUUAAGCCCCUCCCCUCUCCUUCCUGCCACAGACCAAACAGACGGGAAAAACACGGCCAGAGCUCUCCCUUCCCUCUUCCUCCUCCCCCUCUCUCCUCCCUGUUCUUACCCCUUCCUGACCCCGCCUUUCCCCCGCCGCCCUCCCCUGUCUCCCCCCUUGGCCGCUGCCACCAUGCUGUGGUCUCGCUGCUGGUGGAGAGCCUGAGGAAACAGACUCUGGCAGGCGACCCUGCUCAGCCGGGGGACUACUACCUGUCCCUGCUGGACCCGAAAACCCUCCCAGAGUGCUGGCCCCCAGAUGGCUUGAUGCCUGAGAGCAGCUACUGGCAGCUCUGCCCUCCCUCUAAGACCAGCCUGCAGGGGGGGUUUCUGAGCUCUAGUUUCCCCCCCGGCCCCUUGCCCCUGGUGCCCCCCGAUGCCCACCUUCAGGAGGCCGGCGACCCCUUGGAGGGCGGCCCCUCUGAGCCCCAGCGACCCCUGGCACCCAGCACCUCGGCAUCAGAGCUGUCCCUGUCUGGGGCGGCGGCGGCGCCCCCCCCGGGGCCUGGACCACCCCCUCCGCCACCACCGCCCCCCAAGCGCCACUGCCGCUCGCUGUCGGUACCGGAGGACCUAUCGCGUUGCCGCUACACCUGGCGGCCCAGCGCUUCUCGCGUCUGGACUCCCGUCAGCCGCCAGCAGUGCCACGGCGGCACGGGCGGAGGCGUGGCGGGCGGGGGCGUGGCGGCAGGGGGUAUGGGCAUGGCGGGGGGCGGAGCCUGCCCGCUGCGUGCCCCUAGCUCCUCUCUGACCUCGUCGCUGCACUCCUCUUCCAGCCCCACCUUCUUCAGCCUAGCGCUGUCGCCGGACUCCCCGUUGCCAUGGAGCUUCCCCUGGGACCCUAGUGAGGCGGCGGCAGGGGGUGGAGCCUGCUGCUGCUUUUUUCCCUCCCCCUCCUCCUGCUCGUCAUCGCCCUCCCCCCUUCACCCGCCUCCGCCCCCCCAGCGGCGCUUCUCCCUCUCACCGGUGCUCAUCAGAGACUCGGCCACCUCCACCUUCCUUCCUCCACCUCCGGUCCCCAGCCAGGCGGCACCGCCCCCGCCGGGCUACGCCGCUGGCGCUGCCGCUGGGGGGCCGGUACCUCCCUCGCCCUCUUCUGCCUGCAGCACGCCGUCUUCUCUCCGCCGCAGUCUCCCGCCGCAGCUGCCCCGCUGCCACUCGCAGCCCUGUGACCUACUGCUGCUGAAGCCGGGCUUGAAGCGGCGCCGCGAUCCCGACCGACCCUGCGCCCGGCCCGUCCUCGACUUCACCAAGAUGACGCAGACACGCAGCAUCGACCCGCAGUGCCUGGAGCGCGGCGGCGGUAGGUUAGCCUGUGGCGGCGAUGUCUGCAUGGGCAUGGAGGCCUUUAUGGGCGACUUUCGGGGCUCCUGCUCGCCUGCCGAGUGCCUGGGCCGCACCAGCAUCGGGCCGCUGAGCGAGAGUGACGAGGAGUGCCGUGAGGACGAUGAGGACGAAGAGGAGGAGGCGGAGGAGCGUGAGGCGGCACAGCAGGCCGUAUUUGAGAGGGAUUGUACAGAACUGGACCUGAACUUGAUAGAAGAAAACUGACUUGUUGUAAAUGAAGGCUGUUCUCUGUUUCUGUUUUCUAACUGAGUUUUAUUUUGAAAUGACCUGACCCCAGCCCUUCUUCCUGUCCCACCAUCUUCUCAACACUCGGCGAGUUCUCGCCACCAAUCAGCAGAGCUCUCAGGAACAACAUCUUCUCCCAUUGGACGAGCUGAUUACUGGCAACAGUGAUGAUGUGGCGGCCGGCAGACCUGGACAGACUGGUCCGUUCCAGUUGGACCAGUACCAGCUGCGGUCCAGGUAACUUCCAACACGUCUGACAAGGCGAACGCGGCGCUGCAGUGGCCGACCCAAACGGUCCUGAACCGCCACAGAAACAUAACCCAGAAUAAUCUUCACACCAAAGAUGAAAUGAAACAUAAAUACUCUCAUAGAUAUAAAGAAUUAGAUGAGUUCUGAUCUGAAAUAGAGAUUAAAAAGUUAGUUUUGCAUUUAAUGACAAUCAAGAGUCCAAAAAAUAAUUUAAUCACGAGGGCCUUUAAAUGAUGAAAAACCUGCAGAUUUCUGAAUUUAAAUUCCUCCAAAAACAAAUGAUUUUCCGUUGCUGCAGUCAUGUGACCCGGUCGUGGUGAUGCGUUCAGGGUCGCUGCGGCCGCGCCUGUCAGUCGUCGCUGAGGGCAAAAAGCCACUGAUGCUGUUGUUCAGCCGAGUGUUCGCACAUUCCUGCUGUACACAACUGUCACUGAAGACACUACAACUGAGUGUGUGUGUGUGUGUGUGUGCGUGUGCGUGUGUGUGUGACAUCACACCCUGCUGGUCAUGUGACCUGUGUUUAGAUUGAAUCCAAUGGAUUUCCUUGUGACAACAGUUUGUGUUUUAAUUAAAAUUGUUCAGUCAUCUAGGUUUGGGUUCAACCAUAAAAAACGGCUCUAGUUAUUUUCUGUUGAGUGAAGCAGAAACUUUAACUCAUCUCCAGUUUUAGGCUCUGUAAUCUUGCCACAAAAACAACAAAUUAAGAAAUAAUGGAAAUAUAUAAAUACAAACUGAGAAUUAACUUUGGAUUCAAAAAGGAACUUGGAAAAAAAAACUUUAGGUUG